AUGGACUUGAGGAACGUGGGUUUGAAUUCUCCUCUAUUUUCCAUCCUCGAAGACAUGCUGGAUUUCGCAGAUGAACCUGAACUGGAGAAAGAGAAAGGAAAGAGCAACCCGUCGAGAGCUUACGUCCGAGAUGCCAAAGCCAUGGCGGCGACACCAGCUGACGUGGCGGAGUACCCAGAUCGCUACGUGUUCGCGGUGGACAUGCCGGGAAUCAAGGCCGAAGAGAUCAACGUGCAGGUCGAGAACGACAACGUUUUAGUAGUUACUGGGGAGAGAAAGCGUAACGAAGAGAACAAGGACGGUGGUGUGAAGUACUUGACCAUGGAGAGAAGGGUUGGAAAGUUCAUGAGAAAGUUCACUCUCCCUGAUAAUGCCAACAUGGAUAAAAUAUCUGCAGUUUCUCAGGACGGAGUACUCACUGUCACCGUCGAGAAGCUUCCACCACCGGAGCCUAAGAGAGCAAAGACCAUUGAGGUCAAAGUUGCUUAA